UUAUACGAAACCUAGUGUUCAGAUCAAUAGCACCCGUUUCUGAAAUAGAGAGCACCUGUUGAUUUUAGUUUUGAAGAACACGCUUCGAGGACCCGUAAGUUUGUGUAAAAAUAUCUUAAAAAGUAGGAACCGAUGCAUAUAUGUGAAAUAAAUCAUGACAUUCUGUGUAUUCCCGAAAUACGCCGAAAACGUCCAGCAACCGCGAGCAAGAGUCCGCCCUUUUCCGUUAGCUCCGCCUUCCUCACAAGCCCCGCCUUCUGUCGGCUUUGUUGGCUGCGCCGGCUUCGUCAGUGUCUCCACGACGACGUCACGCGUUGCUUCGUCGGGCAACGUUGCCGGCGGCGAGAGGGAAGAGGCAUGGCCUUCUCGGUGCCGCCUGUUCCAGCAGCAGCAGCCGUCGCUGUUGCCGACGCCAGCAACGGCAACGUUUGUUAGCGAGUGCUCGGUGCCCGCAUUGCGGUGGCGCCACUGCAGCGACAGUCAACAGCAACCAGCGUUCGUGGCGAAGGAUCCUGCGUCCUGUAGCGUCAGCGCUGCGACACACAGCGCCACGAUCAACAGUAGUGGUAGCGGCAGCAAUAGGAUCGGCCACUCCGAAAACAGUUUCGCUACUGAGCGCCGCCGCGACGAGGUCGAUCAUCACAUUGCCGCUGACGCAAGCCUCGCUGGCGACCACAUCAAUAUCGCCGACGAAAAAACCAAGGGGACCCUCCACAGGGACACCGCUGUCGGCGGCCGCGGCUGCAUUGGCGAUCACAGCAACAGCAGUUCCACCAGAUUUCAGCUACGGGAGCAGCGACAACAGCUUGCCAUCGUAGUCACUGAAACCACAGCCUCUACCAUUACAAUUGCAGCUAGCAAAAGCAGAUCUGAGCAGACGUCGUCGCUAGCGCCUUUCUUUUCGUUGUCGCCGUUCGUAGCGGCAACGGCAGCAACAGCCUCAGGCGUAGAAGCCUUAGCGGCGGCGGUUACAGCUGCGUCAGCGGCGGAGGUUACAGCUGCGUCAGCGGCGGCGGCGGCGGCGGCGACGGUGGCGGCGGCUACCACUAGCGACACUAGCGACACAAGCGGACGAGCUAAUGCGAGCAAGCUACUAGCCAGUGCCGCGUUUCAUAUCAGCUCUGCGGACGUCGGCGAUAAGACGCCAACGUCGCCAACGGCGAUCGUCGCCAGCGACAACAGUGUUGCUGCUUGUAACAGUACAACGAGUAGUAUUAAUAGCAGCAGCACCGCUAUUGAUACAAGCGCUGCGAGAGUGGCUGCUUCUGCCAGGGGCUCGCGUACGGUUUUGCCCACGACGGUGACUGGCAUUGGAAGUGCUGUAGCGAUAAGCGACGCCGGCGCUGGUAGCCGCCGGAAAAACGACGCCAUCAAGUCCAGUAUCCUGCCUAUCAGCAGCAGCAGCAGCAGCAGCAGCAGCAGCAGCAGUAGCAGCAGCAGUAGCCCUCUACAGGAGCCUCCGAAGAACAGUUGUUAUCAGCAACAGCAGCAGGAGUUAGUUGGACCGCUGUUAGCUUUGCCCCAGUGGUCUUCGCCUUCUGCCGCUGUCAGGACCGCUGGUUUACUUUACCACGACGAGAGCCAGUGCCAGUUAACUUCGGUCACUGAUAUCGCGGCCGCUGCUUUUAUCUCAAGAGAUGAUAACAGAUCAUCGUUGUUGCUUAUCAGGAACACAGCAGGGACAAGCUACAAGGGCGACAGCGCUGUCGAUACUAGCCCCUGUAGCGGUGCUGAAUGUGAUCGGGGUGUGUUGUCCACCGAUAACUGUGCAGCUGUACUCGACGAAGCUGAUGAACAGGAAAACCUGCCGAAUUUCAAUCUCGACGGCGAUUUCCUUGUUGCUGUUCACAACAAUCAAGGCUAUCGAGCAGACCACCAUUCACACUCAGUGAUACCAACGACAACAACGUAUACCCCAAUCGAAUUUCCUCAUUCAGUGAAUUGCAAUAAGAAUACAAGUGUAACAGGAACAGCAGCGGGCACAGAAAGUAUCGCUGACCAUUGCAAGUCGAAUAGUGUACAUAUUCAAUCUGUUGCUGAAUGUGCAAAGGAGAAUCACUUCAGACAACUAGAACAACGGCAACAAAGUGUCUCCUAUAGUAACAAUGGAAACGUGUUAGUAAAAAACGUCAACACAAAUGGAAUAUUGAGAGACGAUCAACAACAGCCAGAUGGACUUUGUAAAGCUUUAUUGUCGCCGGUGCCUUCAGGUCACGACUGCUCGCCCCCGUUGUUAGCAGUCGCUGAAUGUGUCUCUGAGUCUGAAUCUGUUGCUACCGAACUGCUUCGGCAAGCCCAGUCCAUUGCUCGGACCUGUAUGCCGUACGCGCCGUCUACCUGUCCGUCCUCAUCCUACACUCAGUAUUUCUGCGCGGAACAGCAGCAGCGAUCCCAAGAGAAACAGCUGUACACCGUAGCAACACCAUUGCGCAAUCUGUCGUCUUACUCUUCUACAACGACAACGAGAGAUCGGUGCGUAGGUCGGACUCCUUCAUACGAGUCCUCGCCAUUGUGUAUAACUGGAGCUAACUGUGAACGUGCAGUGCAGUGCCGAGCGGCAGGUGUCACUGUGAACAAGCAGGUGGUGUUCGGCCAGCAUAACGUGGACGAGAAUUCUCUAAGUGUCGGUGUUCGUGUUGAUGGUGAUGGUGAUGAUGGUGGUAAUGGUGGUAAUGGUGAUGAUGAUGAUGGUGAUGUCCUAGAUGCUCGAAGGCCAAUAGUUGGAGGCAAAUCGGCCGCUUGUGUUGACCAAAGGACUAAUAGUCUAGGCCCAGUCGAUUCUUCCAGCAGAAAUCAUCGAGUGAACCCUCGAAGUCAACCCUACGCAAGCGGCCAGUCGGUGGCCGAUUCCGAGCCGUCAAAGGGCGUUCUAAACGCCGGCGAUCUGCAGCAUCACGGCGGGCCGGUGCCCAGUGCGGGCAUGCUGCAGUAUCUCAAGUCGAGUGUGCAGUGGACGCCCGAAGUAGGUGAAAUGGACCCCUCCUAUGUAACCUACAACGGGCAGACUUAUCCAACAGCCAGCUCGAAUCUGCGCCAACUCAGCGAGGCUAACGGAAUGCUUGGAUGGCCCGGACAGGGUUACCCCGAUCCGGCUACCACCGGUUUUUCCAGCUAUCCCCCCGCUGCCAACCCCCUCGGAAUGCCGAUGGAUCCUGCAUACAUCGACUAUUAUCAAGACUCGAAAGAGUGUGUCAACUGUGGGGCUGUAUCGACCCCUCUCUGGCGUCGCGAUAUGGCCGGUCACUAUCUGUGUAACGCGUGUGGGCUCUACACCAAAAUGAACGGUGCGAAUCGACCCCCAAGCGGUCGUGGAGCCUCCCACCAUAGUCCAUCCGGACCGGGGGCUACGCCAUUAACCUCACCACUAGCGUUAGCAGCGUCUGUUGCAUCGUCCGUACCGCUGCCAUCUCCGCCCUCAUCAUCCCUCGUACUCAAAAGGCAGCACCAUCAACAGCAGCAACAACAGCAUACUCAGCAACAGCAACACUCGAAUGGAAGUUCGAAUACGUCCGUACCAUCAAGCGCCGGAAGUUCUCAACAGCCAAGUCUAAAUAAGCGACCGGGGUUGAUUUGUUCGAAUUGUGAUACGAACAAUACUACGCUAUGGCGUAGAAACAAUCAGGGAGAGCCCGUCUGUAAUGCCUGUGGACUAUACUACAAACUGCACGGGGUGAAUCGUCCAGCUGCCAUGAAGAAGGACGGCAUUCAGACGCGGAAACGAAAACCGAAAAGCGUCGACGGUGCGGCUCCGAAAAAAAGUUCGAAAAAAUCGUCUGCGUCAGUUGCCUCGGCAACAGGCUAUGGCAGCCUAAUGUCAUCGAUGUCUUCAAUGAGACACUCAGGCGCCGCGAGCCAUCAGUUCUUUGCCACAGACAUUGGUGUGGGUUAUCCGGGUCUGCAAAGCCAGCACGGGCUAAGCGCUGAUCUACGCUUAUCUCGUUCAAGCCCCGGUGCUCAUUCAUCAAGCUCGGCUUCCGGAUCGUAUCCGUCAGGCGGCCUGAUACGGCAAGACUCAAAUCUUGACGGUUCACCACUUCCAGCCGGAGCUGGCGGAGGUCUUGGGGCUAGCGGUCCCCUGUCCACUGACGAUUCACACGGAUUGCAGCAGCGAGUCUCAGCUGCCGCGUCCCUCUCAUCAUCCGGAGUGGGUCCACUGCUGACCAGCCAUCUGCAUGGGCUCAGUAUUACACCAGCUUUCUCUACGGCCGCCGGGAGUCACUCACUUGAACAGCAACAGGCGCUUGGUUAUUCAUCUGGACCUUCGGUUUCAUCGGCGGGCGGACCACCUGGCACCCCAGGCAGUACGAGCGGGGUCCACUUUACAACGGCCGGAGGGGCGACCCUACAGCGCCAUCAGCAGUCGUCUCCUCAAGCGCAUGAAGUCGUACUGAUGAAGAGGGAAGGUGUAUGAUCCCGGAGCAAUUAUGGUGAUACACGAGUAUAGACAUAUAGAGCAAAAACCAGACGCAAAAGAGGAGCUUUGACCCCGGAUAUAAGGAAUACAAGAAAACUAUAUAUAAUGAACAUUACUAUUAUUAUUAUUAUUAUUAUUAUUACUACGCCGUAGUAGAACAAUGAACGAAUCGAAAACACACGCUCACAUGACAUGAUGAUCUGAAAGGGUCUCCUGUACGGACCCAAAUGCCGCUACAUGCUUAGCGGUAAAUAAAGGCGGCGUUCGGUUAAAUUCGUUCCAGACUUCCGAAUACUUUUUAUUCUAAUACGGUAUAUUGAACUAAAUUUAUCCAAAAUAGAUAUUUGUCAAAAAGUCGCGCGGGCUGGAAAAGACACUCCGUUAUGUACUCAGCUGAAACCGGAAAUGACCAGCCCGUUAAUAAUGCAAGUGCGCCCUAAUAUGUAUAUUGCAGGCUUCGAUUAAAUUAUAUCAUUUUGGAAACGGGAAUUUUCCGAUAGCCGAAUGCGCAGAAGAGUGACUGAUUGACGAUGGAUAGGCGGCAAAGUGCAGAACCGUCAAUGACGAAAAAACUGAGAACGGUUAUAGAAACUAUGCUGAGUAGUAAGAAACAACGUUUCAUAGGGAAAUGCUGUUUCUUAGCGCUAUUGAGUCUCAAAUGAAUCGACAAUUACAUAUUCAAUGUAGUAUCUGUAUAGCCGAUACCUAUUGGCAUUUCAACAUAAUCCAAUUAUAGAGAUGUAUAAAAGCUCUUUGUUUUUGUUGCCAGAGACGAUUUGUUUGUGAUCUUAUAGUAGAUAUCUGUCGGUAUACCUCUGUGUCCUUAACAGUAUAGAUAUAGAUAUAUGUCUAUACUGUAUAUAACUGUGUAGACAGACAGUAAACAUGCUUCCAGAGCGACUUCGCGUUCAUCUAAAUUUGCUUUUUAUUGAAAAUCAGUCUCAGAUGGCAAGUCUAUGUGCUUUUUAUAUGGACGGUGUUUUACAAUUUACGUGUUUCGCGCGCUUCAAACGAUCGGCCGGAGGAGGAUGCUGCAGUUAGAAUAGAUCCGUAAACAACAUAGCUGAAAGCAAACGAAUUGCAGGUCGUGCGAAACUACCUAGUGCAAGUAAAUUAUACAUAAAAUAACGCUCUCCUGUAAAUAGCUAUACCUAUAUACAUAUAUAACGAUCUGUAAAUAGCAUACAUAGAACGCUGCCUAUAUAACGGUAGCGUAGAAGGUCCGAGGAUUCUAGUGUCUUCAGAUUGGCGGACAACGAGCUUUUACGAAGAGCUAGUCCUCAACUGCGAUUGACAUAAGGCUACAACUAUUAUAUUCUAAACCGUUCAACCUUCGUUUCUGCCCGUUGUAUCGCACAUUUGAAAUCGGUUUCUCAUCUUAUGAAAUAGCGAUUUCAGAUGGUUUUAGUUUUAGUUAGAUUCUCUCAUAACCUCACCUACUGGACUUAUUGUUGAAACUAUUUUGUUAGAGCUUAGAGCCCAUGGACGAGUAGAUGUGCGAGGAAGGUGAUACAUAUAGGCAGCAAUAUUGACACCAUCUGCUGUAUAGACAGAGGGAACAUUUUAUGUUCCUGUUCUGACGUUCACAACACUUGCAGCACUCUGUUCAAAAGUCACCCUCAGAACCCCCUCCCUGCCCCCCAUACAAAAACACACGCUCAAACUCUUGGUCGCCCUGUCUCUAGUUAAGUUGUAUUGAAAUAGUGAUUUUUGAAAGAUCACGUUGUGCCUUCUGUUCAACUGGUUCCGACGUCUAAAGCGCCCAGUUACUCCAGGACGAGUUUUAUGGAUGCCAAUGGGAAACGUAGACGUAAAGGCGGGGUUUCGGAUGGUGCGUUACGCAAGCGGCUGCUGAUAUUCAGUAACGAAUCAAAGUAGAAGUUAUAUUGGCUAAACUUCUUCGCUAAAAGAGAUUAAGCCACCUAGAACAGUAAAAAUCACUGCAGUCGAAAGUAAAACUUUGCACAACGUUACAGUUAGCUCGCAUUCCCUUAAGAAAUUCGGCGGCUCAAGUUGACUAACACGAUCAUUGGGCUAAUUUCAUAAUAAUACACUCAUCGAUAAACUUUUCAAAGUCAAACUCAAACUCUAGAAGCACGUGAUUAUUAUUACCGCAUGGAUCUGAAGUUUGGCGUUCAUAACGCAUGAAGGGGGCUUGUAGCCCCUUGAGGGUCCUCCGAGUGAGGAAAUCGUGACAUUAUUUGAGAAUGGUCUAUUCUGUAGACUCUGAAAAAUAGCGGAAACACCUGUGUCGGCAACAGCAUCCCAACAGUCCCAGGAAAAAGAGUAUCAGAGCAUUUUCUAAUCAAACGAAGUAUCCUCUAAGUGUCACCCAACUAUUAUCAUGAAUAGUUCAGUGUUACUCUGCGUGGAAGAAUCACUCUCAAAGUGCCGGAUAACCCGACGAUAAGUACAAGCAGAAUCUAUUACGAAACUGCUAAGUCUUAAGAUAUCCAUACAAACAUCUUCACAUUAUACACAUAAAUAUAGAUUGCCAUUUUUACUAUUUAUAUGCAGCCAUCAGAUCCAUACGGUUCCGCAUAAAUGUAAAUCCGAGUACCUCAGCGGUUCUCACACGAAAAUGGAGCCAGAAACGCCGAUGGAUUAAGCUAAACGUGAUGGCGCUAGUGACUACGUAGAAUGAAAUAGCCAUUAUUGGCUUUUUAGAUUACCUGCGAUGCUCGAUGGCGCUGGCUUGCACGCCGCCCAUUUCAAUAUACUUCACUAGAAAAUGCGAGAAUGUAUGUACAUACCAAGUGAACGGCAAAAUAUAGAAGAUGGCUUCUUUUUUGCGCGGUGAAAACUCGUAGUAGGCCGAUUGCGAGAUGUAUUCAUGUCUGAGGACAAAAAUAAUAAUAAUAAUAAUAAUGGACAGAUCUUAAGUUAAACAAGUUGUAAGUAGAUAAAACUAUG